GCAAAAUAACCCUGAUAGUAUUCAGGCAGAAAUUCGAGAUCUUCUAGCUACUCCAAUUUCAUUACAAGCAGUUGGUUUUGGCAAAAAUAUGAUUAGUAACAUAUCUUCUCAAUCUUCUACUUCAAAUAUGUCAACACAUACCUCGCUUUCUUCAUCAUAUCAUGAAUAUAACAUACGUUCUAAUUCUGCUGCUCAAAAAGCAGCAUAUGAAAAAAUUCAAAUUGCCAAAAAAAAGUGUGGAAAAUAUUUUCCUACUUUGAAAUUUAUUCAAAAUCAUAAAAAAUCUCAACAUGGAAGUUGUAGAUAUCAAAAUUCUAAUUCUGCUACCUUUGAAUUUGUACAAUCACACCAAUUACAUGAAGAAAUUGGUUUUGAACAUAGCCUUUCUGAUAGUGAACCAUUUUUUUAA